AUGGUAAAAUUUAAAAUAGUUAUAUCAUUUUUAUUAUUUAUUUUAUAUUGUAAUUGUUUCACAUUUGGUAGUUACACAUUUGAUACAAAAAAUUGGUCAACAAAUGGUACACUAUCAUCAUGUGUUUUUUAUGAUUUUGUAAAUAACGAUUAUUAUGAUUUAAGAGCUAUUGUCAUACCUGAUCAUCAAGGUUCCCACAGUGCAAGUUUCACAGCUGAGCUUUCUGGUGGAAUUCAAACACCAUAUACAAUAUAUUUUAAUCCUUGUUUUAAUGAUCAUAUGUGUCCAGGUGGUCUUUCAGUAGGUUGUACUUUUAUUGUACAAAAUUCACAAAGAGUUCUUAAUUCUGUUGGUUUACUUUCAGAAUCUCAUUUUGUUACAUUUAGAACAGAUGGUAUUACUAUUAAAUAUCAAUCAGCUCUUUUACCAUCAACAACAUGUGCCUCUAAUGGUAACCGUAGAACUAUGAUUUUAGUUAUCACUUGUGAUCCAAAUGAACCAUUUAAAGUUACAAGUACUUACAACAGAAGAGUGUUAUGUGAACAUACAAUUUAUAUCGCUUCAAAAUUAGUAUGCAAAAAUAGAGGAGUAUUAUUUAAUCAAGGUCUAUUUUAUGAUUUAACACCAAUGAAAUUAACCAAACACAAAAUAAAAAAACAAAAAAAUCUAAUCUUUUUUCACUUUUUUUUUUUUUUUUUUAAUUUUUUUAUUUUUAUUUUUUUUUCCCACAGAUUAACAAGCACUUCACACCAAAUCACCAAUGAUGACCAAACAAAAGAUAUUCUCUUUAAUUUAUUCGGAAAUGUAAAUAGAUGUGGUACUUUCGGUACAUCAACAUUAAGUUAUCAAUCAUGUAUUUUAACAGUUGCUAAUAAAGCGAUCAAUUAUAAACUAGAUUCAAGAUAUGCAACAUCACCAAAAUCAGUUAUGGUAGGAUCUCUCAGUCAACCAAGAACAAUUACAUUUACAAAUGAUGUAAUAACCAUAAUUUAUAGUUCAACAACUGGUUUCACAGAAUGCUCAUCAAAUGGUAACAAAUAUUCAUCAAAGUAUAUUUUAAUUUGUGAUCCAUUCACAGAAUAUUAUGUAGAUAAAUUUACAUUAGAAUCACAAUGCAUUUAUCAAAUUAAGGUUUAUACUAAAUACGCAUGUCCAACAUUACGUUUAUUCAAAGAAUCACAAUAUUAUGACCUUUCACCAUUGAUGUUGGAUUCAACAAGAAAUUAUACAACAAGUAAUAUUACAGACGGAUAUGAAUAUAAUAUUGUAUUCAAUAUUGGUAAUAAAGCACAAAUGUGUAGCGAUGCAUUUAAUGAUUAUUAUUUUGCUUGUCAAUAUGAUCCACGUUAUAAAAGUUUUAAUCCACUUGCGAAGGCAAGUUUAGGUCAAAGAGUAACAUUUGAUUUAGAUCAAGUUAAAUUCGAAUAUACUUCACCAACAACAACUAGUUGCCCAUUAAAUUCCAAUAAAAGAACUUUUAUUAUUGUUUUAAAUUGUGAUGAAAACCAACAUUAUCAAUUAGUUUCAACUUUAGAAUCUCCUGCAUGUGUAUAUACAGUAACAAUUAAAACUAAAUAUGUAUGUGAAUCAACAAUUUAUUACAAUAGAAUUAAUACUACCUUUUAUGAUAUUACUCCAAUAAAAACAGGGAAAGAUAGUCCAAAAUCUGCAGAUUUUUUUCUUGGUGAUAUAUAUCCAUAUAAACUUUAUUACGGUAUAGGUAAUACUGUUAAUUAUUGUGCAUUAAUCGGGUAUGCUCCAGGGGUAGAUUAUCAAGCUUGUUCAAUUAUCAGCGGUAAUGUUGUUACUCAAGUCGGUAGUUUAAAAAAUACAUCAAUGUAUCUAAGUAAUAAUGGUAUAGAUAUAUAUCAUACUACACCAUUUGAUUUAACCAGAGUAUGCCAAAAUACAAGAUAUCAAAGAGUGAACUUUUUAAAAAUGGUAUGUGAUACAACAGCAAUAAACGUUGUGGUUAGCGCGACUGAGACUGCCAAUGAUUGGGCAUGUAUAUAUACAAUCGAAAUUAAAACAAAAUAUGCAUGUCCAAUUAAUUAUGCACCAGUAUUGCCAGCUGUUGGAAAUCCAUGUUUAUACAGUUGUACACCACCAGGUGCUUUAAAUCCAAAAGAUAUAGUUAGUGUACUUUUAAAUUUAGGCGUUUGUUUCUCAGAGAUUAAUAAAUAUGGUACAGGUGCACAAUCAUUACUUGGUACAUUCAACAAUACUUGGGUUUUAAACCACAAUGAAUAUGAUGAUUGGAUGGGUGGACAACUUUAUUCACUAUUAUUAACAGGUAAACCACAAACAUCGAUUUCACCAUAUGUUAUUUCAAUUACACAUGAUAAUUUAUGUACAUAUGGUACCAAUGGGUUAAGUAAAGCAAAAAAUUCAAUCAAUGAUUUUCUUACUAUUACAAAUGAUCUUCUUGAAAUUUCAAAUCGUGCAGCCAGUUCAACCGUUACCAAAUAUACAUAUUCAGAUGGAGAAAUUACAUUAUCAACACAUAAACUUUUAUCAACAUCAACUGGAGGUCUUGCAAUUAUUAAAUACAAAAAUUUGCUAUGCUACUAUUCAAUAGUUUCAAAUUUACAAACUUUAGUUAUUUCGAAUUAUUUGCUUUCAUGUCCAUAUUAUUCACCAACCAUUACAGUGUACAGUUUAACACCACCAACAGGGAAAAUUGGAGAUACUAUCACAAUUAAUGGUCAAAAUUUAGAUACAAAUAGAUAUGAUGUUUAUUUCAACAUAAUUGACGACAAUAGUAAGGUCAAAGCAACAAUAACAUCAAGAACCGUAAAUUCUGUAAAAGUAAUUGUUCCAAAUGGUUUUGGUAAUGCAUUAGUCUACACUCAAAAUAUACUUAAUCCAACUACCUCUGAUAAACUUUCAUUUUCAUAUCCAUCACCAAUGAUUGUCAAAGUAAUUAGCCAACCAUUUAGUACAGAUAUCAUCAAUAGAUUCUUUGUUAUUGGUCAAAACCAUCGUUCUUUAAUAACCAAUAUCACCAUUUAUCCAUACAUCGAUAAUAUUGAAAAAGAAGCAAUUUAUUGUGAAAUUGAAAAGUAUUGUCCAAGUUCAUCAAAAAUUCCAUCAAUUCCAGAAUCAGCAGUAGGUCAUCCAUGUAUUGAUUCAACAGUUUACUCUGAGAAUUCCCAGUUUUUCGAUUAUUCCAAGUAUGAUGUUUUUGUUUGUAUCAAAUCAUCAUUAGGUGUUGGAAGUGGUAUCAUUAAAUUCCCAUCACAAACAUUUACAUUUGCAUACUCUUAUAAAGCACCUCUCUUAUAUUAUACACAACCUGGCAUUCGUAUUCCAACCGAUGGUGCUAGUUUUCAAUUGAGUGGUAAAAACUUUCCACCAACACAAGAAAUCAUUGAUCUCGGUUUAAACACAUCUGUAAUCAUUUGGAAUAAUGAUAAUUUUGUUACUUUUAAAGGAAUAAAUCUUACAAACACCAAUAUCAAUUGGAAGAGUUCUAAAUCGAUUUUAUGUGUUGCACCACCAGGUUUCGGUGGACCAUUCAUCGUUACGGUAACUGUCGGUAAACAAACAUCAAAAACUAUAUAUCCAAGUGAUUUAAAUGAAAAUCCAAUAGAUUAUUAUUUAUAUUAUUCUCCACCAGCUUUGCUCGACAUAUUAGCAGUUCCAACUGAUGGUGGGGAAACUAUUAUAAAAGGUACAAAUUUUAUUCCAGCCUCGCUUGCAGAUCAAAUUAAUAAUCAAUCAUUAAUUGGUUCACCAAAUUCAGUCACGUUUAAUAAUGUUUUAUCUUCAUCAUGGAAAUGGAUUAACUCAACACAUGUAAAAGCCAUCGUACAAAAAGGUAUUGGAGCAAUCCUUACAAUUGUAAAUGUUGGAAGCCAAAGUACUGAAACGAGUCCAUAUCCAGUAAUUUUUUAUAAACAACCUGAAUUAGAUAAUAAAAAAUAUGAAAACUUUGCAAAUAGUAAUAUUUUAAUAACUGGUUCUAAUUUUGUACCAGUUGGUGUUUCAGCAGGUUCAUCAAGUUCUGUCAAAAUUGGAGGUAUUCCUUGUAACUCUGUAACAUGGGUAGAUUCAAAAUCUGUUAUUUGUAAUGUGCCAAUUGGAACUGGUGAUAAUUUAAAUAUCCAAGUAACAGUUGGAGGUCAACAAACCGAAUUAAAUGAUUAUUUCUCAUAUUUAGGGCAAUGCGAUUUCCUCUGUAGCGAUUUAUCAAAUUUAGAAUUAGAAAAAGUUAUUAGAGAAAAUAAAAAAGAUUUAAAGAGUACUCUUUUAUUAACAGGUGUAUGUUUAGAACAAAUCGAGCAAUAUAAUCUCACAUAUAUUAAAAAUAAAAUUGAAUCAAGUUGGAUUGGAAAUUCAAUUAUUAAUGAUUGGACAAGUGGUAAAUUCUAUAAUUAUUUCAAAUCAUCAGAAUCAUACUCAACAGUUAAAACACUUGCAAAAUAUAUUACACCAAAGAAUCCAUGUAUUUAUGAUAAUAAAAGAGUUAAGAAUUCAUUAAAUUACCUUUUUGAAAUCAAUUCAGAUAUUUUCCAUUUAAUUGAACUUUCAAUUUCAUCAAAAAUCAGUUAUCCAGAUUCACCAUAUCAAACUUAUUUCUAUAAAUCAUCAAGUAACCCAGAGUAUGGUCUUUCAAUUAUUACAUUUGAUUCAGCAAUUUGUAGCUUUACAGAAUCAACUAUUCAAGACUACCAAAGUGGAAAAGUAUUACAAUCAUGUUCAAUCAUUCCAAUUAUAAAUCAAGUAAUUAAUCCAAUAACAACACUUCAAGCACCAUAUCAAUAUUCACUUACAAUUAUUGGUAGAUUAUUUGAUAGUUCAACUAGAAUAUUUUUAUCAGGUUAUGAAUGUCCAAUCAUUGGUAAUAUUAUUACAAAUCAAAAUGAUUAUAUUCAAACUCUUAGUUGUUCAGUACCACCAGAAAUCGAAUCAUACUCGGCCUCUCAAAUUACUUUUUACAAUGAUUAUAGUGAAAAUAAUAUAUAUAAUUUCUUGUUUUAUUUUAAAAAAUCAUUCUUUUUUAAAUAUCCAAUUUCAACAGUAACUCAAAUUCAAUACCCAUCAAGUGGUCCAAUUCAAAUGAAUUCUGAAAUUAAAGUAAUUGGUUUUAAUUUCUUCCCAUAUGGUAUUACAAAUCCAAGCAUUCAAGUUUUUAUUGAUGAUCUUGAAUUAACUGAUACUAUAUUUGGAUUAACAAGCAUAAAUGGAGUUGAUUCAUUUUCAUUUAUUGCUUCUGGUUUAGGUUCUUUAAAUUACAUUCGAUUAUUUUAUAGUAAUAGUUUACCAAUGAUUAUAAACGAUGAUAUUAAUUUAGAAUUUUCAUUUGAAAGACCAAUUAUUAAUAGUAUAUUACCAACAAAUGGAGAUUACAAUACAAAAGUUACAAUUAAUGGUAAUAAUUUUAGAAAAGGUCAAUCAGUAAAAAUUGGAGACAUAUUAGUAAAUGAUAUUGAAUUCAUUUCAAAUCAAAAGAUUAUUGUUUCAGCACCAUUUGGAUUUAUUGGUGGACUUGUAGUUGUUCAUUCAGAUGAUCAAUACAGUUUAGAAGAAAUAUCAUUUAGUUAUCCUUCACCAAUUAUAGACCAAGUCAUUCUUUCAAAUUAUGAAUCAAAAUUAAACACAACAGGUACAAAUUAUUUCACAGUAAUAGGUAGAGGUUUAGGUACAUACAUUGCAGAACAAGUCGAUAUUAUUAUUAACCAAGAGUUUUAUGCAAGUUGCGAAUUCGAUUUCUGUGAAAGUUUAGAAAUUAUUGAAGAUGAUAUAAAAGAUCAAGGAAUUUGUCAAUAUUUAAAAUAUAAUAAUUAUCAAUAUAUCGAUGAAAACUUUGAUAUAUUAAAUUGUAUUUUAGCUGAUUCGAUUGGUAAAGAUAAAUCAAUCAGUAUUAAAAUUUCAGAAUUCCAAAACCAAACUUUCACCUACUCUUAUUAUGAACCAUGGAUUGAACAAUUAAAACAAAACUCUUCAUUAGCAAGCACUGAUGGUGGUGAAGUAAUCGUUAUAAAUGGUUACAACUUUUUACCAUUCGAAAAUUUAAGUCCAUACUAUGAAAACAAUGAAACUAUUGCACAAUGGUUAAAUCAAUCAGAAAUAUUAAUUGGUGAAAGCUAUCUUUGUCAAUCAAUUAAUUGGACCAAUUCCUAUGAAUUAAAUUGUACAAUCCCACCAGGAAUUGGUGUUAAUCAUACAAUCAUUGUAAAAGUAGGCCUUCAAUCAUCAAAUCAUACUGAUUAUUUGUAUUCUUACGAUCCACCAAAACUUGAUACAAUCAAUAAUUCCACUGGAAAUGAAACACAUUACUAUUCUUCAACAGAUGGUAACAAUGAAAUUAUAAUAACAGGUAAUAACUUUAUUCCAAAAGAGUUAUCAGAUCAUUACAACCAAAAUGAAAAUAAAACCAUAAAUUCAAUACUAUUAGGUAAACAAUAUUGUAAUGAAACUAUUUGGAUUAAUUCAACAACAGUCAAAUGUAAACCAAUAGCAGUUGGUAAUCAAGAUUCAAACGAAACCGUUUACUUCUCAUAUGAGAAGCCAAUUUUAGAUUUAAAGAAUUACACAGGUUCAACAAAUGGUAAUACUGAAAUUACAAUAACAGGUAUCAACUUUAUUCCAAAAGAAUUAGCAGAUAAUAAUAAUUUCAAUCAAUCAGAGAACUAUAUAAUGAUUGGUGAUAAUAAAUGUAAUGAAACUAUUUGGAUCAAUUCAACAACAGUUAAAUGUAAACCAAUAUCAGGUACUGGUAUCAAUCAUAAAGUUAUCAUAACAGUUGGUAAUCAAAACUCAAAUGAAACGGUCUACUUUUCAUAUGAUAAACCAAUUUUAGAUAUUAAAAACUAUAGUAGUCCAACUGAUGGAAAUACUGAAAUCACAAUUACAGGUGAAAACUUUAUUGAAAAUUAUAAUCAAGAAAAACAUAAUGAAAAUGAUAAUUUCGUUAGAAUUGGUGAAAAUAAAUGUAAUGAAACAAAGUGGAUAAAUUCGACAACAAUUAAAUGUAAAUUAAUUCAAGGUAUUGGUUUAGAUUAUAAAAUAGUUGUAACAGUUGCCAAUCAACAAUCAAAUGAAAAUGUUUUCUUUUCAUAUGAAAAACCAAUGAUUGACAGUAAAACACUAUUAGCAUCAACCAGUGGCAGUGAAACUAUUAAAAUUACAGGUACCAAUUUCAUUCCAUCAACUUUAGUAGAACAUUACAACAAAGAAGAAAAUAAAGAUAACUCAAUAAAUUCAGUUACUAUCAAUAACGAGUUUUGUAAUGAUAUUACAUGGAUUAACUCAACAGAACUAACAUGUAAACCAUUAGCAGGAGUUGGAACUAAUCAUACUAUAUUCAUUUUGGUUGGAACUCAAAAAUCAAAUGAAGAAAACUCAUUCUCAUAUAAACCUCCAAAGAUUGAAGAUUUUAAAUACUACACAGCACCAACACAUUCCAAUAAAAUUAUUACUAUAACUGGUGAAAACUUUAUUCCAAUCGAAUUAUUAUCAAAAGACAACAGCAAUAGUUCAGUACUUAUUGAUAAUAAAAAAUGUGAAGAAAUCAAAUGGAUUGAUUCAACAAAAGUUUCAUGUCAAGUUCCAGUAGGUCAAGGUAAAGAUUUAUCGAUUAAAGUUAAAAUUGAAAAUCAAGAAACUGAAGAAAAUCAACAAUUUUCAUAUGAUAAACCAUUUAUUCAAUCAAUCAAUCCAAAUAAAGGAAGAUGUAAUCAAGAAGUAUUAAUUACAAUUCAAGGUGAUAGUUUUGGAAAGAGUGAUCAACUAAUUAAAAUUGGUAAUAACGAAUGUCAAGAUAUUCAAUUCUAUCCAAAUCAUACAUUUACAUGUAAAGUUCCAAUCGUGGAGAAUUCAAUUGAAUCCAUUGUUUUAUUAAAUGUUGGCAAUCAAGAUUCAAACGAUAACAUUACAUAUAAAUACUAUGGACCACCAGAAAUUAAAAGUAUUGGUUUACCAUCAUAUCUUUCAUUCAAAGGUGAUGAUUUAAUAACAAUCAUUGGUAAUAACUUUAUAGAAUAUGAAGAUGGAUCUGAUGAAAUUGUUGUUAAAUUUAAUAAUGAACCAACAACAAUCAUUGAAAAAACAAAAACAUCUAUUAAAAUUAAAACUCUUAGUGGUGAUGAAUUUAAUGUACCAAUUGCUGUAGAAUUAAAUGGUCAAAUAAGUAAUAUCGAUACUUCAUUCGUUUACUCAAAUCCAAUAAUUGAAAGUGUAACACCAUCAUCAAGUAGCUCAAAAUCAAAUACUCAUAUCACCAUUAAAGGACAUAAUCUUGGAUAUUCAACAAACACUCCCAAAAUUACAAUUGGAAGUAGUAAUUGUUUAAAUAUCAAUACUAUAUCUCCAAAUGAAGUUCGUUGUAUAGUGUUGAAAUCAAGUGCAGGCACUAAACAAUUAACAUUAACCUAUGAAAGUUAUCAACCAACCUAUUCACAAUUCACUCACAAAAACGAUGAUGACAGUGAUAGCCACGAUGAUGAUGAUAAAGACAAUAAUGGACCAAAAGAUACCAUAAUAAGUAUUAUCGGAAGUGCAAUUGGAGCAGCAGUAUCAGCAGCCAUAAGUAGACUAAUAACAAGCAUUUUCAUUGGUGGAACAUCAGUAGCCACAGCAGCAGCAACAACAACUGCAACAGGUACCGCGAUUGCAACAGCAACUACAGCGUCAACAGCAACAGCUAUUGCCGGUGCAACGACCGAAGGUGUUGCAGUAGUCUUUACAAGGGUAUCAGUAAUAGCAGCAACUGCAGGUGGUGUUGUUAUUACUGCAAUUGUAACAGCAACAGUCAUUCUUAUUUCAGGUGGAAGUACACCAUCACCAACUCCAACUACAACUCCAACUAUUUCACCAACUCCAACACCGACCGAUAACUAUUGGGUAAGAUGUAUGGUCGAUUAUUCAAGAUUAACUUUACAAGUCGAUAAUCUUUACGGUCAAGAUAUAGUAUGUAUUGAUGGUAAUGGAAUUUCAUCAAUUUUCAACGAAUCAUUCUCUUGUAAACCUGAUCUUAUUAACGAUGGUAUGAUAUGUGCUCAACAACAUCAAGAUGGAACAAAUUCAACAACCACAUUUGGUAAUUCAACAUUAAUUUGUCAUAUUGACUCAACAAAAUCAUGUGAAAUUUCACCACCAUUCAUCAUACCAUCCGAUCCAAUUGAAGAUGAUGAAUAUUCAAAUAUUUUAGAAUGUCAAUAUAAUCUCAUUGAAAAUUCAUUAUCAACACACUCUAAUAAUAGUCCAUUAAGAUGUUAUAAUAAUGAAACUGAAAAUUACUUCACUAUGAAUACUACACUUUCAUGCUCAAAAGAUGAAUCAUUAAGUCAAGAUAACAAUACGAUUUCUUGUUUAGCAGAUACAGAUGAUACUCAAAUCUUUUUCUAUAAGAACUCAAUUACAUGCAUUACAGAUUAUCCAUACUAUAGAUGUACAAUGAAAUCUCAACCAUCACAAGAUGAUAACAUAAUUCCAGAACCAACAUUACCACCAACUCCAUCAAUUGAUGAUGAUUCCACAUGUAUUUAUGAUUCAGCCAAUCCAUAUUCAAUAGAUCUCCAACCAACGAUUGGAACUAAUGUCAAAUGUCCAACAAAUGAAAAAGAACUUCAUUAUGAUCUUUCAACUUAUCUAACAUGCACAGAUAAUACCACCCAUAAAAACUCCACUUAUUCGGUUUCAUAUUCAACUUAUGUUUGCAUUAAAACAAAAUAA